AGUCACGCGUCGAGAGCAGACCUGUAUCCGUCUCUCGCGUUCCAUUCAGUGCGCGCCAUUGACACACUGUUGGCCUGGAGUAGCGUAUAUCGCACCCAUCGAGUACCUUGCUGUGGAAAGCACCAUAUUGCUUCGUCUACACAAGGCUCAAUUGCCAGCAACAGCUGCCAAGCGCGAUCAAUCGCACUGCGAUAGAACUUACCUUACCUUACCUUCACAUCGUCACCCCACUCUCACCAUCCUCCUUCCUUACCUAACUUAACACCUGCUUCGUCUGACGCUCCGUCAUUUUUGGCUUGUUUUCAAUUCACCUGUCACCAUUUCCUUUGGAGAAGGAAGUCAUUAUCAUUCAGGAAAUAAUUGUCACAGCCGACACUGACCAUCAUGCCGGAUCAAGUCCCCUCACGAUCUACCUCCCGCCCCCGUACGACGCGUAACAGCCGCGGCUUACGCCACAGCAACACUGACCGCGAAUCCUCCGUCGAAUCUGUCACACCCGCCACCUCGGUCGAUUCCUCCGCCCCUUCGAGAAGGACUCGAAAGCUUCGAUCUCGACGAGCCAGCUCCACCACCCCCAAUGCCGCUAAUAUCGACACCGGCAGUACCUCUUCUACCUCUAACCUCGACACCUCGGCAUCCGAGCCAACUACGACCAACCCUCCCUUUACCUCUCGAGCCACAGCUCUCCCCACCCUUGCCCCUAUCAGCGAAGAGGAGCCUCAGGCAGCCAGCCCCCGGGCUUUGCCUUCUGUCGCCCCGGUAGCCGACGCCCCUACCGAACUAGCCAGCCCUCUAGAGGCACCAUCGACACAGGGCCCUGAGGAAGCCGACCAACAUACCGAAGUAGCCAACACUACAGAGGAGCCAUCGGCACAGGGUCACGAGGAGACCAACGGCGAGACCGAGUUCGCCAACACUGCAGAGGAGCCAACAGCACAGGAUCCCGAGGAGGCACCCUCUACACAGGCCCUUGAGGAGGCCGACGAGGAAGACUCGUCGGUGCAUGAGACUUCUCUCUUUGCUGGACGCCGCCGGGAAGAAGGACACAAGUUUGGCUACGAACUUUACACCGCCAUCAAAGCCGAACUGUUCACCAGAAGUUGUGUCUGCCCCCUUCCUACCAUUCACAGUACAAAGGAAGAAGCCGAAGCUGGAACCGGUGUGUUCCGUUUCUACCGAGUUGGUACCCAUCACGACAACAUUCGGGUCUUCAUGCGAAAGGACGACAACCUCUGGCACUGCCAAUGCCAGAGCCAGUACCUUAGCUACACGGACCGCCCCCUCCUUCGAAAGCGCAAGGCCGAGGACACAGAGCUUGACCUCGAGGCCCAGAACAGCGGGAAGGAUACCCAGGCCGGUAUUACUACUGUGCGAGCUAUCGACGAACAAAACGGCCCAGGGUCGAAACGCCAGGAGUCUAUUCGAUCAAUGUGGGGCUCCAUUACUGGGGGCAUCAAGAAUAUGAGUGCUUCGGUGAAGGGUUGGCUCAGCCAACUCCAUGCUCGUCUCACGGCAGUGCCCUCAGAGGCUAUCGAGACCCGCAAAUACGAUGAAGCCGGCCGCAACCUCGUCGUCAAGCGGUUCAAGCGCCAGUACUGUCUCCCUCUGGGCCCGGACUCGGCCCCCAAAGAAGAAGCACAGUUUGAGCAGCUUCCAUACUUUGAGUGGGCAAGUGAUGCUACCGCGAACAUCGGAGAGACCGCCAUCAGGAGCAUUAAGGAUGCACUGUGGCGUCACGUCGUCACGAUUUCGGCCAGAGCCAUCGCAUUUGACACAUCGGUCGACGCCCUCAGAGCCCGGCACAAGAAUGACGAGGAUGGAAUCGACGUCGACCUCAGCAUUGGCAUUUUUAACCUCAUGACCAAGCAUUUCGACGAGGUUACCAAGGAAAACUUCAAGGAAGCCGCAUCGAUGCACAGACAAGGGGCUGGACUUGCCGUGGAAUUCAUCAACACGGUGUACCUCCGCCCCGAGGUCCUUCCCAUCCUGAAGAACGACUUCGCCAAGCCGCCAAAGCGGCUGGAUUAUUUUGGCAACUUCGAGUUCAAGAUGCAGACGCGUCAGGCCGGAGACUUCUUGACCUGGCUUCUCACCCAGAAAGCCUUGUUCAACAUCAGCGGUGACCAUCAAGUAGCAAUCGCCAAGAUAAUUGUCGACAUGGAUGCCGUCCACAAGCAGGAGGUCCCGCCUAGCCUGGUCCAGUUUCCAGGAUAUAACGCGGACCUCAUGCCCGGGAGCUUUCCGCUGGAGGACAGCAUCCUCGAAGUGAUCCCAACAGAGGACUUCAUCAUAGAACCCGUCUAUGAAUGCAAGCACCCCGAUUCUCGGCCCCCUACCUCCUCCUCGUCGUCUUCGGCCAAACCCGAAGAACCGAAGACGCCUUCGCAACCAAAGGGCAUUCUGAAGAAGGAACCGAAGAAGUGGCCAGAAAACCCCGUUUCGCCAGGACCUGGUGACGGGUCACCAAGUUCAAGAGCCAGAAGGCUUCAGUUCAAGAACCCCGAGGCAUUCUUCACGCCUCCCAGAAAUUCGCCCAAGCAAAGAGCGAUUGGGAAAGCCCGCUUCAGGCUACCCUACAAGACGACGGACCUGGGUAGGGAGUACUUGAUGUCAUUGUACCCGUCAAUGCUCGAAGGCGCCUACCAUGGGACAAAAUAUGGCGAAUUCCUACAAGAGGCUCGACGCGAGCUGUACAGCCAGCCGGGCUUCAAAGCUCCCCCCCCACCACCGAAACCGUGGGAUGUUUACAAGAAGGACGAAGAGGCGAGGCGCAAAGCUCGCGAGGCCAUGACGCCCGAGGAGAGACGGCGCCAGAUGGAUCUCUUGGUCCGCGACCUGGAGCUCAAUCCCGACGGGGAGGUUGUGCGGCGCGAGCUCCUCGUCCCGGAGGCAGAGCUCAUAAUCGCGACCAGGCGGCUGGAGGAUCUGGAGCUGUCCCGUCAAGUCCGGCAAGAAGUGGAAGCGGCGGCCGAGAGGGAGCGUCAGAAGAUGGUGGAGCUCCUCGCGGAGGAGAAAAGGCUCCGCCUCGAAGAGGAGAAGCGCAAGGAGGAGGAGGAGAGACUCCGGCGCGAAGAGGAGGAGCGGCGGCAGCGGGAGGAAGAGCUCCGCGCAGAGCAGGAGGCCCAGCGUAUCCGGGAGGCUGAGGAGCGUGCCACACGCAUGAGACUGCGCGCUCCCUCACGACCAAUGAUCGGACCCAUCACCGAGGAGUGGCAGACCAAGGUGAUGGGGAUCGCGUCGGCCGGCCCCAAUGUCGAGCUAGCCAAGACAUUGGAGGGGCAGAUCCUCACAAGGCGGGACUUUGAGGAGAAGCUCCUGCCAGCGACAGCCUGGCUGAAUGACAAUGUCAUCACCGGGUCGAUUCUCUACGUCGGAGAAUACGUCAAUGGCAAGGCCGGCGCGACUGCGCAGGACCCGAGGUGCGCCACCUUCACCUCCUACUUUUGGCCUCGUCUCGAGAGCGCAGGGCCGGCACAGUGUGGCCGGCUCAUGCGCCGAGCUGGUGUGAGGAAGGAUAACUUCCUCAACAUCGACUCGAUCCUCAUUCCGAUCUGCUCGGGCAACCACUGGACGCUGGCGGUCGUCCUCCCGAGCAGACGGAGGGUGUUGCAUAUGGAUUCGCUGCGCGGGGGCCACGGCAAUCCUGAUGUGACCCGGAGGAUUCUCGAGUGGGUCAAGGUGACCCUCGACGACCAGUUCGUCGAGGGGGAGUGGGAGGUGGUGGACCUCGACGGGCCGUUGCAGAGGAAUGGUUGGGACUGCGGGGUCUUCACCAUCACGAACGGCCUGUGCCUGGCGCUGGGGCUCGACCCCAACGAGUCCUACACGGCACAGCAGCUGACGUUGCAGAGGCAUCGUCUGGCCGCUGUGCUGUUGAAUGGCGGGUUCAAGGGCGAUUUCGACCUUGAGGGGAUCUGAGGGUGCCCGCACACCUUCAGUUCUCCCUACCCCAUUCAACAGUGGGACUCGUUGGG